AUUUUAUCAUUUCCUUACCAAAUUUUCCUGCAAAAUGGAUAUUGUUCAAUGCUCUGCCGGAUUAUUUUUUAUGUGAAUUUACAUAUUUAAUAAACGAUUUCGUCUCGUUUAUUUAUACUCUUCCUCUCUCUCUCUCUCAUCGGUUGAAGCAGAUUUCAUCAGAAUUUCGUGUGAACAGAGAUCCCCAUUCAUUCCCCUGUUUUUCAACGUUCUCUCAGAUCUUCGUCCUCAAUUACAGAACUCCUGUUCCGGCGCAGAGCGUCUCCGCUGGUUUGAAUUUCUCUUGUUCCAAAUCUUUAUCGGAGGAUUCCCGGCGGCUUCUUCGUUUUCUAUCUUCGUUUUAGUUAGGGUUCCGGUUCGAAUUGUUCGCGAAUUGGUGGUAAAGUAUUGGUUGGAGAUGAUAAUUAAGCGCAGCUUGAAAUCGGUAAUGCCGAUUUUAAAGAGGUGCCGUAUUAGUGACUCGGGAGGAGAUGAUGACGAGGGAUAUAGAAUUCGCAAGAAGAGGAAAGAAACCAAUAAGAAUGGGUAUUACCCGCUGCGCCUGCUCGGGGAAGUCGCCGCCGGUGUUAUUCCGUAUCAUGGGUUUGGUCUACCACGGGUUGGGGCAGAGGGAGGCAGAGGCGAGGCUGCGGAUGAGACAGUGGUGCCUUCAUGGUGCACUGAGGUAUCGUGUUGCGAGGAUGAGGGGGAUAAGAAGUCGAAGAUGAAAGAGAGCAUGAACAGAGUGCAGGAGGUUGCCAGGCCUCCACUUGUGAGGACCUCUCGAGGGAGGGUACAGGCACUGCCUUCUCGGUUCAAUGACUCUGUUCUUGAUAACUGGAAGAAAGAAAAGAGUAAGGCUACCGCAGUAGAAGACUUGACUUGGGACCCUGAAUUCACUCCAAAUAAAGAAAAAAACAGUUUGAAGAACAACAGUAAAAUCCGUAGCGAAGUUGGAAAUAAGAAACGGGUAAGUGAUCAUUUGAACUAUCAAUUAAGUAAGCGCUCGCCAUUGUUGGACUAUGAAACAGUGGAGUAUGAAAUCAACGAGUCAAAAAGAAGUUUUGAUGUUCGGAAGUUUGCUAAUUCCCGGAGUUCACGAACGUCAAUACAUGAUCGGUCCUCGAAAGCGGAUAAGGAUCUGAAUGAAGACUUUGAAGAAUGUGCAGAACUAAGUUGCGUUGAGGCAUUGGCCAUGUGUGAGGGAGAGAGGAUGUCCCAUAGAUUUUUGCCUGAGAACUUUAACUUUGGUGACAUAGUUUGGGCAAUAUCUGGGAACCACUGCCCAGCUUGGCCUGCAAUUGUCCUUGAUCCCAAAACACAAGUCCCCCAACAAGUUUUAAACUUUCGGGUUAUCGGCACGGUGUGCGUAAUGUUUUUUGGUUACUCUGGCAACGGGACACAGAGGGACUAUGCGUGGAUUCGUCGUGGGAUGAUAUUUCCCUUUCUAGAUUACGUGGACAGGUUUCAGGGACAGACCAGCUUGAAUGAUAGCACACCUGAUGACCUUAGGUCUGCUAUCGAAGAAGCUUUUCUUGCUGAAAGUGGAUUUAACGAGAUGCUGAUGGUUGAAAUCAACGCGGUAGCUGGAAAUCUUGAUUAUCUUCAGUCUAUUACGAGAGGGGCUUUCGAGAUAUCUGAGUCAAAUCAAGAUGUUGAAUGCAAUUCACUAAACAAGGAUUUGUUGAUGAAAAACGAAGCAGAUUCCUGCGAGGCAUGUGGUUCAUAUAUCCCUCCCAAAGUGUCCAGGAAAGUAAAUGAUUCGGCUCCUGGAAGCAACCGCUUAUGUCCAGCUUGUGCAAGGCUGAAGAAAAUUAAACAUUAUUGUGGCAUUUGCCAGAAGAUUCGUAAUCCCUCUGAUAGUGGGACAUGGGUACGUUGUGAUGGUUGCAAAGUUUGGGUGCAUGCUGAAUGUGACAAAAUCUCAAACAGUAAUUUCAAGGAACUAGGAAACACAGAUUACUAUUGUCCUGAAUGCAAAGCAAGGUUUAAUUUUGAAUUAUCUGACUCAGAAAAUGUGAAUUCAAAAUCCAAAAAUAUAAAAAAGGACAGCCAAGUUGUGCUACCUGACAAGGUUUCUGUUGUCUGUGCCGGUGUGGAUGGCAUUUAUUUUCCAAGACUUCAUCUAGUUGUGUGCAAAUGUGGGUAUUGUGGAACAGAAAAGCAGGCACUUAGUGAAUGGGCCCGUCAUACAGGUUCGAAAAUCAAAGAUUGGAAGACCAGUGUCAAGGUGAAAGGUUCUUUGCUACCGCUGGAGCAAUGGAUGCUACAAAUAGCAGAGUAUCAUGAACGGAGUGGUAUUCCAUCCAAACCUAUAAAACGUCCAUCUUUGAAAGUUAGAAAGCAGAAACUUCUCACUUUUCUCCAAGAAAAAUAUGAGCCUGUUUAUGCAAAGUGGACAACAGAAAGAUGUGCAGUAUGUCGAUGGGUUGAAGACUGGGACUAUAACAAAAUCAUCAUAUGCAAUAGGUGUCAAAUAGCUGUGCAUCAAGAAUGCUAUGGAGCAAGAAAUGUCCGUGAUUUUACAGGAUGGGUUUGCAGAGCAUGUGAGACACCUGAUAUUGAGCGUGACUGUUGCCUUUGUCCUGUGAAAGGAGGUGCUCUAAAACCCACAGACAUGGCUCCGUUGUGGGUUCAUGUUACUUGUGCUUGGUUUCAACCUGAAGUUUGCUUUGCUAGUGAUGAGAAAAUGGAACCAGCUGUUGGAAUUUUGAGAAUUCCUUCAAACUCUUUCGUGAAGAUAUGUGUCGUCUGCAAGCAAAUACAUGGCUCCUGCACACAAUGUUGCAAGUGUUCUACAUACUAUCAUGCUAUUUGUGCAUCAAGGGCGGGUUAUCGCAUGGAGUUGCAUUGCUUGGAGAAAAAUGGGAAACAAGUAACGAAAAUGGUUUCCUAUUGUGCAUACCACAGGGCGCCAAAUCCCGAUACAGUUUUAAUCAUUCAUACUCCGAAAGGAGUCUUCUCUGCUAGAAGUCUUGCUCAGACCAAACAGUCAGGUUCGCGCUUAGUACCAACAAGCAGAUUGGCACUUGAGGAAGCUCCAGCAGCUGAGAUUGAUGAAAUGGAUCCAUUCUCAGCUGCAAGAUGUCGUGCCUAUGAGCAACUGAGGGAUAAGAGAACGGGAGAAGAACCCAUAUUUCACCGGGUGAUGGGUCCACGUCGUCAUCCUUUUGCUAAAUUACAAAGCUUGAAUCCAAUAAAAGAAGUGGAGGAGCCCAAGACAUUCUCUACCUUCAGAGAGCGGCUUCGCCAUUUACAGAGAACAGAAAACGACCGAGUUAGCUUUGGCCGAUCUGGCAUACACAGAUGGGGCCUGUUUGCGCGCCGAAACAUCCCAGAAGGAGAAAUGGUUCUUGAGUAUCGCGGUGAGCAGGUCAGACGAAGUAUUGCUGAUCUGAGGGAGGCAAAAUAUCGUGUUGAGGGAAAAGAUUGCUACCUUUUUAAGAUAAGUGAGGAGGUUGUGGUGGAUGCUACAGAUAAGGGGAAUAUUGCACGCUUGAUAAACCAUUCUUGCAUGCCAAACUGCUAUGCAAGGAUUAUGAGUGUUGGUGAUGAUGAAAGCCGGAUUGUAUUAAUUGCAAAGACAAAUGUGUCUGCUGGUGAUGAGCUAACGUAUGAUUACUUGUUUGAUCCGGAUGAAUGUGACGAGCUCAGAGUGCCUUGUCUGUGUAAAGCUCCAAAUUGCAGAAAGUUCAUGAAUUAGGCUUAGUGAGUGAGUGAGUGCUCUUUUUCUCCUCAAGGAGCUCUAACCAUCUGGAUUGCCUUCCCGGCGUCAUACAUCCGUGCAUACCAGUUUUUGCCUCUUCUCUGGCGUAUUAGCUCAUCUAUUAAUUAGUUUUUGUUGAUGCG